AUGCAACCAAAUGACAGUGCGCAGACCCUGGUACCAGAGGUGUGUGAGCAAGUACUGGAGGAUAAUGCAGGACUGGGUUACGGUGGCUCUACCGGCAACCUGUCGCUGCGCUGCUGGCUACACUUCUUAAGCAAGGAAUCUAUACUGGAGCUACAGGGAGAUGGUUCCAGCAUCACAGUGCGUGUAAUGAUAGCUCUGGUGUACUCUGUCGUGUGUGCACUGGGGCUAGUGGGGAACUCUCUGGCACUCUACUUGCUUCACUCACGCCACAGUCAGGCGCAGUCCUCAAUCAACUGCUUUGUAAUGGGCUUGGCUCUCACCGACCUGCAGUUUGUUCUCACGCUCCCCUUUUGGGCUGUUGACACGGCUCUGGACUUCCGCUGGCCCUUCGGCAAAGUAAUGUGUAAGAUCAUCAGCUCCGUGACCAUCAUGAACAUGUACGCCAGCGUCUUCUUCCUGACUGCCAUGAGUGUGGCGCGAUACUACGCAGUGACCUCAGCCCUCAAGAUGCACAGCAGGCGGACGGCGGCAGCCAGCGCCAAGUGGAUCAGCCUGGGCAUCUGGGUAGUGUCGCUGCUAGCCACCCUGCCCCACGCCAUCUACUCCACCAGUGCCCAGCUAUACGACGAGGAACUGUGUUUGGUGCGAUUCCCUGAGUCAGGCAGCUGGGACCCUCAGCUGCUCCUGGGGCUGUACCAGCUACAGAAAGUACUGCUGGGCUUUGUUAUUCCCUUGGUGGUCAUCACUGUGUGCUAUCUGCUGCUGCUGCGCUUUGUGCUGAGCCAACGCAUUAGUGGAGCGGCCAGCUCAGAGGGCUCGGAAGGCCGCCACAAGCGCCGGUCCAAAGUAACCAAGUCGGUGGCCAUCGUGGUUCUGUCCUUUUUCUUGUGCUGGCUGCCCAACCAGGCGCUGACGCUGUGGGGCGCGCUGAUUAAGUUUGACCUGGUGCACUUCAGCAACGCAUAUUACAAUGUCCAGAACUACACCUUCCCGCUGACUGUGUGUCUGGCUCACACCAACAGCUGCCUCAACCCUGUGCUCUACUGCAUAAUCCGCCGUGAGUACCGCGCGGGCCUCAAAGAGCUGCUGCACGCCACACCCUCCUUCAGGAGCCUGGCCAACCUGCUACCCCGCAAGGCCAAGGUGGCAGAGGCUCCACCUGUCAUGACGCUGGUCCAGAUGGAUGUCUAA